AUUAAAUUUUUGCUGUUUGUUAUGAUUGUGCUUGAGUGUGUUCCGAAAUUAGUUGUUAGCGAUAAGCGUACCGAGAAAAUGUGGAAGGAAAUAAGAGCAGGACAGAAUGUGUUAGUGUUGUGGGGAAAGUCAUCGACGGGAGGAACUUUGGAAGAUGUAGUGAAAGAAGUGAGGAAUGUUACGGGAGCGAACGGGAACGUAGCGGUGGAAAAUGCGGAACGUUUAACAAUGGCUGCUUAUCCAACAUCAUCGUUUGAUGCAGUGUUAUCGGGAGUUACAUUUCCUCAGACAGUGAGGCACAGGCUUCAAAUCUUAGAAGAGAUUAUCCGCAUUCUGAAACCACAGGGCAUCCUAAUCUUACAAGAACCUGUAAACAUUGGCAUGCAGUCAGAAGCACUAAUAAGCAAAGAGAAACUGCGCAGUGAACUGAAAAUUGCUGGCUUAAAAAACUUGUCAGAUUUCAGGACUAUUGAACUCACCAAUGAUGAAAAGCAAUUAAUCAAGGAUCUUUUACAUGAGACUGAUGAUUUCUGCGUUGUAGAAGUUCAGUGUUAUAAACCGGAUUUUGAGGUAGGAUCUUCUGUAAAAUUAUCAUUUGGCAGCAGUUUGAAAAUAUCUGCUGAGAAUGAUAUCAAGCCACCAGUGGAUGUAGCUGCAGUCUGGAAACUUGAUGAUACAGUUGAUGACAGUGUAGAGACAAUUGAUGCUGACCAGUUGCUAGCUGAAGAGGAUCUCCAGAAACCUGAUCCUAGCAAAUUACGGGUAUGUGGGACUACUGGCAAAAGGAAAGCUUGUAAGAAUUGUUCAUGUGGUCUAGCAGAAGAACUUGCUGCUGAAAGUGCAACAAAAGCUGCUACUGCUCCAAAAACAUCGUCCUGUGGAAAUUGUUAUCUUGGAGAUGCUUUUCGCUGUGCCUCGUGUCCUUACCUUGGGAUGCCUGCUUUCAAACCUGGAGACAAGAUUCAACUAUCUGAUUUUCAAUUAAAGGCUGAUGUAUGAAAUUAUUAUGAAUUACGUCAAGGUCACGACAAACAAAAUUUGUGAUAAUAUUUAUUUGGGUAAUAUAGCAGUAUAUUGCGUAUAAUUUUACACUGAAUUGUAUUAAUUGUCUAUUGCUAUAGGUAAUAGGGUAGAAAUGCAGUUAAGAUAUUAGAAAACAACUCUUGUUCAUUGAAUGAAGUUGCACAGUAAAUAUGAAGAGUAUUUGGAACAGAACAGCAAAUUAUGAUUUACAUAGAACUUAACUGAUAUCUGUACUUCCUGUCAUCUAAUGAAGUAUUGCUAUAAUAAAGCCAACUGUAUCAAGAUUGUUUUGUACCUCCUCAUUUGGUAUAAGAAAUUUCAAUUUUUUAAAAAAAUUACAAGUUGUGUUUCCUUACACAGUCAUUUAUUUACUAUUGCUUUUCUUCUACCAUUACUCUGUGCAAAGAGAGAGAGAUGGCCAUAGCACAAAGUACAUAAGAGUAUAAUCACCUGCAUAUAAUACUUUAUCCAUUUUUUUACUUAAUUGAUAUAGUUAUGUCAUGGUGUCUGUAAUAAGAUUCAGUUUCUUUGUAAUAUUUGCAGCAUCACUCAGAUUUGUUUGAGGUAACUCCAUUUUCCAAAAACAAAGAGAAACACAAACACUGAGACUUUGAACUCGGUUUUCGUUCAUGUUGUGAAUACAGUGUUCAUAGUGGGCAUAUAUUGCUUCUCUACAUGUGUGUGCAGCUACUUUUUUGAAUAGAAAAUAAAUGUUACAUGUCUCUAGAUAGUUUUUAAAUUUUUAUUUGUUUGGGACAAGCAGAGUGAUAUGAACAAUUUAGUAGAGUAAGUAGUUUUACAACAUUUAAGUUAUGUAUAUGUUCUACAGUAUAGGUUGGACAUGUCAUUUGUAAUAAAAUUGUACAACACAGUUUUAUUCUCA